GCUCUCUCCAUUCUUCUUCUUCUUCUUCUUCUUCUUCUUCUUCUUCGCCUUUCCUUCCCUCUUUUACUUACUACUCCCUUUCUCAAUCUCACCUUCCAUUCUUCUUCUUCUUCUUCUUCUCCGCACAAUCCAUCCAUUAUUCCCAAUCCACUUACCAGGCCCUUUUGGUGGACUUUGACUCCGAGAUUGAACUUCCUCCCCGAUUUUGUUGCAAGCGCUGAUGGGUGUCCAGUCGUAUUGGGUGCCACCAAUAGAUCCUCAUGUAAUUUAUAAGAUUCCUUCUUUGUUGGUGGAUUCGACUCAUAAAGUUAACCUUUUCCCCUUCUUCUGCACUUUGUGCUGCUGAGUACCCCUGCAGACGGCGCUUUUAUUUUACUGCUAAGCAUAUUGGGAAAAAAAUGAAGGCACGCUGUCAAACGGCUCAAUUGCAGCUAAUAAUUGCCUUUCCAAUGAUGGAGCACAAUUAGAUCCACUGAUGCGAGUUAGCUCCCUAUCCUCCUAUGGCAAUGAAAAUGCAUUGAAGGUUAGGAAGCCCUACACUAUUUCAAAACAAAGGGAAAAAUGGACAGAGGAAGAGCAUCAAAGAUUUCUCGAAGCUCUGAAACUCUACGGUCGUGGCUGGCGUCAGAUCAAAGAACAUGUAGGCACCAAAACUGCUGUUCAGAUCCGAAGCCAUGCUCAGAAAUUCUUCUCUAAGGUGGUGCGAGAGUCGAGUGGAAGCAAUGAGAGCUCCAUUAACCCAAUUGAGAUUCCUCCACCUCGACCAAAAAGGAAGCCACUGCAUCCUUACCCUCGUAAAGCAGUCGAUUCUCUUAAGGCAAUAUCAGUUGCAAGAGAAUCAGAGAGGUCUCCAUCCCCAAACCUAUCACUUGCUGAAAAAGAGACCCACUCUCCUACCUCUGUACUGACUGCAUUUAGUUCGGAUGAUCAAAUUUCUGCGGUUUCGGAGCAACAUAAUAGAUGCCCAUCGCCAAUUUCACAAGCUGUUGACAUGCAGCCAACUAGAUUAUCUCCUGUUAGGAAGGGGGAGCUGUACCUUCCAUCAAAAUCAAAUGUUGGGGAAGAAAAAGGAAUGUUGUCGCUCGAAUCAACCUCAGGGCAGUUUCCAGAAGACUUUUUAACUCUGAAAUUCAAGCCAGGAUCAGCAAGUAAGAAAGUGGAUAACAAGUUACAUUCUCCUGUUAAAAGCAUAAAGCUUUUUGGAAGGACAGUAAUGGUAACUAAUGACAAACAACCAUCCCUUCUUGAUUUUGAAGUCACUGAAACCUUGACAUUUGAAGGUGACAGUAAGAGGGAGUGUAAAGUGUCUGCUGAGAAUUCUGUUGAGAUGCUACCGUCAAAACAUAUGGAUGUAAGUUUAGCUCUUGGAAUGGAUAACAACGGUGAUUUGAAUAUGCCGCCUGGUGGAGCACCUACACUAACCUUAGGGAAUCAGGACAAAAGUGUACCUUAUGUUAAGGCCUUUCCUAAUGCACCUCAAACUUGUUGGUCUUUGUAUCAAAAUGUGCCAUAUUUUUAUCUUGCUCCUUCUGAUCAAACUUCAACUGGAACAUCUACUGACCAUAUUAUGGAAGAAAGGAUCCAAAAUGACAAUUCCCAGGAGAGUUCUUUUGCGGAUUCAUGUUCUGGCUCCCCCAGAAAGGAUAAAAAUGAAACCCAGAGCCCAGAAGUAGAAUGUCAAGAGCCUUGUUUGGUAGGAAGAGGUAAUGCAAAUGAGAGUAAGAAGGGGUUCGUGCCUUACAAGAGAUGCUUGGCUCAGAGAGAUACAAGCUCUGCGCUGAUCGUUUCGGAAGAGAGAGAGAGCCGGAGAGCUCGAGUUUGCUCAUAACCCAACUUCUGCAAAAUCGUAGUGGAAUUGGUCGGCAAGGUCCAUAAGAAGCAAAUAACCACGAUGCUCUGACAUGGGUUUCUGAGUUCUCUCUCUUUUUCUUUGAGAUGAAAAAAUGGAGGCCUGAUUUGUAGCAUAUCACAUCUAAAGUAAACAAACAGAAGGAUCGAGGUUUGAUUUAACAUUGGGGGGGGGGGGGGGGUAUUUGAGUGACAAUUAUUCAUUCUGUAAAGCAGAAGGAUGUUGCUCCAUGACUUUUAACAUAUUUGCAAAUGUUAUUUUUGGAGGUUUUUCUUUCUAAUUCUUAUCUUCAUAAUGGAAAAGUUAAAUUUCUAGGCGAAUAGAGCUUGUAAGAGAGAUACAAUUAAUCUUAACCUAUCUUUGAACAAACUAGUUCAAUUUGAAGACCAAAAUGUUUAACUAUCAAA